AUAUAUAGAAACCGACAAACAUUUAAAGUGAUUGUCAUUGUAAACCACACAAGAGAAUUCAUUGCUUGUCUGUUCCCGGUUAUAACACUCCUUCAAAAAGGAACCGGCGAUACAAAAUACAAAGAGCGUAAGAAGCUAGGGGAAAAGCAAAGAUGAAUAUGGAAGGAGAAGAGAAACCCCUUAAAAUCUACUUCAUACCUUACUUAGCACCUGGUCAUAUAAUCCCUCUAUGCGAUAUAGCAACUCUCUUCGCUUCACGCCGUCAACAUGUCACCAUCAUAACCACACCUUCCAACGCUCAAAUCCUUCGUAAAUCCAUCCCUUUAAACCAACACCUCCGUCUUCACACCGUUCCAUUUCCUUCCCAGGAACUUGGCCUCCCUGACGGCGUUGAAAGCCUCUCCUCCGCCACUAACACUGAUAAACUCGUUAAAAUCUACCAAGUCACCACUCUUCUCCAACCACCUAUCCAACAGUUUGUCGAGCAGAACCCACCUGAUUGCAUCGUCGCGGAUUUCUUGUUUCCGUGGGUUGAUGAGCUUGCAAACAAGCUUCAAAUUCCUAGAUUCGCUUUCAACGGUUUCUCACUCUUUGCUAUAUGUGCCAUUGAAUCUGUUAAAGCAAACUCUCUUUAUGAAUCUUCAUGUUAUGUAAUUCCUGACCUUCCUCAUUCUAUCUCCAUGAACGCAACACCGCCGAAGGUAAUGAGUGAACUGUUGGAAGCGCUUUUGGAAACGGUGUUCAAAAGUAAUGGAAUCAUUGUGAACAGUUUCGCUGAACUUGACGGUGAAGACUACAUCAAACACUACGAGGAAACCACAGGUCACAAAGCUUGGCAUCUUGGUCCAGCUUCUCUUAUUCGUAGAACACUUCAAGAGAAAUCAGAGAGAGGAGAACAGAGCGUGGUGAACAUGCAUGAGUGCUUGAGUUGGCUCGACUCAAAGCGAGUUAACUCGGUGUUGUAUAUAUGCUUCGGAAGUGUGUGCCAUUUUGAAGAUAAACAGCUUUACGAAAUUUCGUGUGCUGUAGAAGCAUCAGGUCACGAAUUCGUAUGGGUUGUUCCAGAGAAGAAAGGGAAGGAAGAUGAGAGUGAAGAAGAGAAAGAAAAGUGGUUGCCGAAGGGAUUUGAAGAGAGAAUGAUUGCGAAGAAGAAGGGUUUGAUUAUUAAGGGGUGGGCACCGCAGGUUAUGAUUCUGAACCACCAUGCUGUGGGUGCGUUUUUGACGCAUUGUGGGUGGAAUUCAACCGUGGAGGCUGUUAGUGCGGGGGUUCCGAUGAUAACAUGGCCGGUUCAUGGUGAGCAAUUCUACAAUGAGAAGUUGAUAACGCAGGUGCAGGGGAUUGGGGUGGAGGUGGGUGCAGCUGAGUGGAGGAUGAUGGGGUUUGGGGAAAGAGAAAAGAUUGUGAGUAGAGAGAGUAUUGAGAAGGCUGUGAGGAGGUUAAUGGAUGGUGGUGAUGAAGCUGAGAAAAUCAGACAGAGUGCUCUAGAGUUUGGGGAUAAGGCCAAAAUGGCAGUUCAGGAAGGUGGCUCAUCUCACAUGAAUUUAACUGUCUUGAUUGAUGAACUUCUACAAUUGAGGGACCGCAAGUUUCUAGAGUAAAAGUGGAGGGCUUGGAAGGCAGAAGGGUUGGAAGUUAUGGAUCAAAGAAUAGAAGGUUGAGGCUGCUGAUGUGGAAUAUUGUGGAGACAUCAGCUGAUGUGGACAGUCCCAAUGAUCAAGAAAAGGGAGAUUUUUCUUAUAUGAUAGAUAUCAAAUUGAGUAGCAUUAUUGAGAGUGAAGCAGUUGAAACUUUUCAUUUGCAUAACUGCUGCAUGUGGAAGUUGGAGGGAUGGAUUAUUAACUGCUGUUGCAUGUUAGAAACAGAUGAAUAUUUGAGAAGCCAAAAGAGUGGUGACGUGGAUGCACCAGGUUGAAAGUUAGAAACGGAUGAAUAUUUGAGAAGCCAAAAGAGUGGUGACGUGGAUGCACCAGGUUGAAAGUUGAAAAAGAGAAUUCCUUGCUACCAUGAAGCCACGUGUCGCAUCCAGAGGAGUUGUUGAAAAAGAUAUACUUUUCUUAUAUUAUAGAUUAUAAUAAUUUAAAAUAUAUUGAUAUAGAUAAUUUUAUUUUAA